AUGUCGGACUCUGAUACGUUUUCUAUCGAUGGUGCUGGUCUCUUUGAUGAACCAGAUAAUUUUCUUCCCAAACCUCCCGCUGCCCAUUUCACUAACUAUGAAAGAACCGAGAAUUCUCCUGAAGAUGAGCACAGUAUUAAAACUAUAAAGUUGAGAUUGGUCGGAAAAUCUCCUCUUUGGGGACACCUUUUAUGGAACGCGGGUAUAUAUACAGCUAAUUAUGUUGAGUCACAUGCCAGGGAGUUGGUCAAGUCAAAAAAAGUGGUCGAAUUUGGCUCUGCAUCUGGUUUACCCUCCUUACUUUGCUGCAUCGAUGGUGCCGAGAAGGUGGUAGCUACCGAUUAUCCCGACGCAGAUUUACUAUACAACAUUAAUUACAAUGUGGACCUCUUGCCUUUUGAUAAACUUAUCAAGGAUCGUGUUCUCAGCGUAGAAGGCUUUAUCUGGGGUAACGAAAUCAAGCCGAUCAAAGACUUGCUGGGUGGUGACGGUUACGCAGACUUUCUCAUUAUGUCUGAUUUGGUGUUUAACCAUACGGAGCAUCAUAAGCUUCUUACCUCUUGCAAGCAGCUUAUAAGGCCUUUGGCUGAUAAAAGUAAGCCGAGAUCUGGUGGUAAGUGCUUGGUUGUCUGGUCCCCUCAUAGACCAAAGCCACAAAUGGUAGCUAACGACUUCAAGUUCUUUCAAGACGCCAAAGAAAUCUUCCAGUUCGACGUUGAAUUUGUCGAAAUGGUUCAUUGGGAUCAUCCAAUGUUCCCGGAAGAUCCUAAAGAGUCGGAGGAGUUAAGAAAAAGAGUCUACUGCUAUAUAUUACACCCAACAUGGUGA